UAUUUCUCUUCAUUUAUGCAGGUCUAGCAGCUACAAUCGGUAUUAUCGGUUCAUUCAUACGCCGGUUUCUUCUGAUUAUAAAUCUCAUAAUUCUAUCAAUAAGAACAAAUUAUUCUAUGUUUGUUGAGUGGAAACACUUACCGUGUCGGAACAAGCAUCACUUUUGUAGGGGACCCUACUUACUCAUACUAUAGAUUCCACCACCUCAUGAUACAAUGCCAAAGAAUCCAGACGCGGAAAAGAAUAACCCCUGCCUGAAGGAGCAGAAUCUGGUGCAUAAGUGUCUGAAUCAGAACAACUACGAUAACACCCAGUGCGAGCUGUACUUUACCAAUUAUAAAAAUUGCAAGGAUUUCUGGUACCGAGUACAGCGGGAUAGGCGUUCCCAGGGUAAGUAUCCCUACAUGCCGGAAAUUGCCGAUCGGGAUCAAAUCAAGCAGGAGUACAUGAAAACCAAACCUACUGUGUGAGAGAUGGUGGUUCGUUGGUAGAUUGUUUUUUUAGUUGUUGGUGAUGAGAUGUUACUUUAUAGAAUGUGUUGCAAUAAAUAAUGUAAUGACUUUUUAAAAUAAAAGAAAAAAAAUUGAUUUUUAUAUAUACUUCCCAGACGUAGUUUUACCCGUAGGAUCUUGGUGUUAUCCUCGACAGUUGACCUGAUUUCCGAAUUCAUUACAAUUACAUCGCCAGAGCCAAUCGACGAGUGGAUUUCAAGCUCAAAAUGGCUGGACAGUUCCGUGAUCCAUUAUGUCUCAGAGGCCUAUACAGUUCGCUGGUUCCGUCAACUUUGGAGCUGCCUAAGUAGAAACUGUUUGAAUUCAAACAAAGUUCGUAAGAUACUUCGUUUCCUCAGGUACGUGGAACGUUAUCACCUGCAAACAAAACCGCUAGAGGCGAGGCUGACAGAUCUGGCUGCUUUCGCAGGGAAGCUACUUACGACAGAUUUCGACUGUCCUGCUCUGCUAACGCAGUAAAAUCUGCACGUUCUUGAAAGGCCACUCUGACGGCGCGACCUAUUUGGUUUAAAUGUUUCCUUGGACGUGUUUGACGAAAUGUCAAUAUUUUCCGUACCGCUGAUCGUUUCCAGUUAGGUUAAGUUUGAAGCUUUGAGACAUUAAUUUACAUUUCUAUUUUAAAUUUGAUUAACAUCGAGUUAGCGAGAAUAUCGAAUAAGGCAGAGAUCACUACAAACGAUUACCUAAUGAAAAUUUAUUUUAAAAUCUUGAUAUUUGACAAAAACUGCCAGAAAUUUUUUUUUAUGUUUCCUUUCUGUAAGGAUAAAUCACUUAUCCCGCCCUCUUCAUCUCGAGAAACAUAAAAUAGUUGAAAGGAGGUCUAGUUUUAGUUAGAAUGAUGAUCCACUGAAAAAAGAAGACGAAGAAGAAGUUAUUAACUUAGCCUCUGGUAAGAGUUGGAUGGUACGUCCAUGAAUCAACUUUUCAUAAUUAUUACCGAUUCAAUCAAUAAAUGUAUUUAUUUUAUGAAACU